AUGCCCUCCAGGACCAAGAAGGAGGUUGUCGCGUCCGAGGACGCCACCAUGGAGGACGCCCCUCCCUCCGCGCAGGUCGAGGAUGCGCCCGAGCAGGAGGAUGAGCAGCCCGAGAACGACAUCGCCGCCGCCGAGGAGGGACAGGAAGGGGGGGAAGAUGAAGAGGAAGAGGAAGAAGAGGUUGAGGCGCAGCGCGUAAAGAUUCUGCCUGGCUCUACCGACACGGCCGCGUCCUUUGAGUUCAUCGACGAAGGCCACACCAUGGGCAAUGCCCUGCGAUACAUCAUCAUGAAGAACCCAGACGUCGAGUUUUGCGCCUACACGAUCCCCCACCCCUCAGAGGCCAAGAUGAACAUUAGAAUACAAACAUACGAGGGCACCGCCCUUGACGCUCUCCAGAAAGGCCUUGGCGAUCUGCAGCAGGUCUGCGACGUCGUCGCCGAGGAGUUCAUCACUCAACGUCAACAAUUCAACGACGAGAAUGGUAUUGAAAGGUAG